AUGAGCAAAGGGAUAGCCCUUGAUAUAAAAAAUAAAUAUGGAGAUACCACAAAUAUUCUUUCUAAACUAAACCCACAAGAGUAUAAUAAAAUGUUGAAUGAAGAAUUUGAAAGAGACUUUGAAACAGUAGGUGAGGAUUUAAUACAGCAGAAUCUAGAAGUACCAUUAGUUAUUGAACUUCCUGCAACUCCAACAUCUAAUGAUAAUUCUAUUUCAAAUAUAUCAGGAACUGAAUCAUCUGGUUCUAGGCGGUCAAAAAGAUUAUUUAAAUCAUCUACUCCUGUUACUCUUCCUACCCCUACAGACCAACUUAUUAGCCCUAAUAUUUGUCUUUCAAAUCCAACUCAAGUAAACAAGAAAGUACCAUUAAAGCAUUUUGAUUUUAAAUGGAAAAAAUGCACUAGUGAAAAGUUUAGUGUUGAUAUACCAAUAAUACAAUCUUAUCCAACUAAUAGUUAUGUCAAAUCUCCUUUAGAAUAUUUUUUAAUUUUUUUUUCUAAUGAUGUAUUUGAACUAAUCGUUGAACAGUCCAAUUUAUACUGUUUUCAAAAAUUUGACAAAAUGUUGGGAACAAAUAUUAAAGAAAUAAAAGACUUGGUUUGUAUUUCAUUAAUAAUGGGAAUAGUAAAAAUGCCUGCAUAUACAGACUACUGGGCUCCAUCUACAAAAUAUGGACAAGUUUCAAAUGUAAUGUCAUUGCGUAGAUAUCAACAACUUAUGAGAUGUCUUCAUUUUUGUGAUAAUAAUUGCCCUGAUGAUUUUGAUAGAUUUUUUAAAGUUCGCAAGCUCUUAGACAUAAUUCGUAACAAUUGUUUAUCUGUACCACAAGGUAAAAGAUUUUCUGUUGAUGAAAUGAUGAUCCCUUACAAAGGCAAAAAGGCAGGAUCUAGAAAACAAUAUAUGAAAAACAAACCUAAAAAAUGGGGUUAUAAAAUGUUUGUUAGGGCAGGCAUAGAUGGCAUGGUUUAUGAUUUUUUAGUCUAUUCUGGUGACUGUACUUUUCGUGGUAUAACUUUUUCUCCUCGUGAAAUGAGUUAUUUUGGCUUAGGACCAAGAGUGGUCAUUGCACUAUCGAUAUCAAUACCAGAUAAACCAAUGAGUGUUAUAUAUUUUGACAAUUUUUUUACUACUCCUGAGUUAAUAAGCUACUUGAGAUCUGAGUUUGGUAUAUUAAGUUUAGGCACUAUUAGAAAACAGCAUCUACGAGGAUGUCCUCUAAUUGAAGAUAAAAAGUUAAUGAAACAACCAAGAGGCACUUAUGAAUACCUUUGUGAUAAAUCCAAAAAAGUUAUAAUUUUAAAAUGGCUUGAUAAUAAGGUAGUUAGUUUAGCCAGUUCCUAUACACAGGAAAGUAAAUCGAACACUAACAUUAUACAGCGAUAUUCAAAACAUGCAAAAAAAAGGGUGCCUGUUCCAUACCCUAAUAUAGUUAAAGAAUAUAACACCCACAUGGGUGGUGUCGAUUUAGCAGAUAUGUUAGUUGCAUUGUACAGAACUGGUUUAAAGUCUCAUAAAUGGUAUAUGUCUUUUUUUUCUCAAAUGCUUGAUAUAUCUGUAAACAAUGCUUGGCUACUAUACCGUAGAGAUUGUGAACUGCAUAAAGAAAAAGAAAAAAGGCUCAAAGAAUUUCGACAUGAAAUUGCAGUUGCCCUAACUAGUAAGAACAAACCUCGGCUAGGGCGUAGGCCAGCUUUGGAAAAUAGUAAUUUUCCUGUUAAAAAAAUUCGACAUGAAAUAGCUCCAAGACCGUAUACUGAAAUAAGAUAUGAUAAAACAGAUCACUGUCCUACCUUAACCAAAAAAGGUAGAUGUCGCCAUUGCUCAGCUGGUCAAACUUCAAUAAUAUGUUUGAAAUGCAAUGUAAGAUUGUGUUUGAUUGAAGGACGAAACUGUUUUCAACAGUUUCAUUACAAAUAG